GCGGUGGUUUGCUGGGAAGGCGGGGCAGCAGGCUGCAGUACUCGGGUUUCUUCUCUCUCCUGCAGCACAGGGUAGGGUGCCUGCUCUAGCACCGAACUCGGUGCGAACGCUCCGCCUGCCUGACACAGCCAAGCGGGAACAGCGGGGGGCCCCAGCAGCAUCCCCGCUCACAGGGAGGCGGCGCCGCCAAGUGACAGCAACUCUGGGAAAUUCUUCCCACGCUACCUGCUCCAGCUGUUGAGGCAGCUGGGGGGGGGGCCCUGCAGGUUCCCGAGUGGCAGCUGCUGCUGCUGCUGGCGGACUCCACUUCUCCCUGGGGCACGGGCUGGGCGGCUGCGGGGCAGGGGGCUCUUGGGGCAGACUUUGCACAGUUGGCUGGCGGGCUGCUGCGCUAGCCGGAGAUGGGAAGGCAGAGCCUGCGCGGGGGCAUUCUCCUGUUGGCCACUCUGGUGUGUCUGCUGAGAGGCGAGAAGCUGCGAAGCUGCGAGGACGCUCGGAAACUUUUCCAGCUGCGGCAGCUCGGCCCGGUCAAGGGGCUGCCGGAGACCCCGCGGUCAGGGGCUGAUCUUCAGGUUUGUACAUCUAAAAACCUAACAUGCUGUACCAAAAAGAUGGAAGAAAGAUACCAGAUGGUAGUAAAGGAGGAUAUACAACAAGUGCUUCAGACAUCAAGCUCCACUUUAAAGUUUUUAAUAUCUCAUAAUGCAGCUGCUUUCCAAGAAACCUUUGAAAUGCUUAUCAAACAGGCUGAGAAUUACACAAGCAUGCUUUUCUGCAGCACAUACAAAAACAUGGCUCUCGAGGCUGCUGCCGCUGUUCAAGAGUUUUUUACGGAGCUGGGACUCUUUGUAUUUGGCAUAGACAUUAGUACAGAAGAACUGGUGAACAGAUUUUUUGAUACCCUGUUUCCAAUAGUCUAUAAUCAUCUGAUUAAUCCUGGUCCGAAGGACACUUCACUGGAGUAUUCAGAAUGCAUUCGAAUGUCAAGAAGAGUUGUCAGUCCUUUUGGCAAUGUUCCAAAAAUAGUCAUGGGACAAAUGGGGAGAUCAGUGUUAUCCAGCCGUACUUUCUUGCAAGCCCUCAAUUUAGGGAUUGAAGUGAUCAAUACAACAGAUCAUUUGCCAUUCUCUAAAGACUGCAGUAGAGCCUUACUGCGAAUGCAAUAUUGCCCUCACUGCCAAGGAGUGGCUUUAAGUAAGCCAUGUAUAGGAUAUUGCCUGAAUGUAAUUAGAGGCUGCUUGGCUAACAUGGCAGAAAUUGACUUUCACUGGCGUGGAUAUAUUCAGUCUUUGGAAGAGUUGUCCAGUGCAAUGCAUGGGUCAUAUGACAUUGAGCAUGUACUUCUGAACUUUCACUCACUUGUUAAUGAUGCUCUAACACAGGCUAGAAUCUAUGGUCCAAAAGUAAUUCAACAGGUAAACAAGAUAUGUGGUCAUCCUCUGAGAAAGCCGACGCUGUCCCCAGUUUGGUCUCCAGAUCAGAACAAAGAUAGUCAAGGGAUGAAGAUGUCUACAAGAGACAGUGAAGAAACACUGACCAACAGAAGAAAAGAAUUUGUGAACAGUCUGCGACUAUUCAAGACAUUCUAUGGAGGCCUGGCUGAUCAUCUGUGCAUCAAUGAGUUAGCAGCUGCUGAUGGGCUAGCCUGUUGGAAUGGUGAAGAUGUAAAAAGCUACACCCACCGGGUGGUUGGCAAUGGAAUCAAAGCUCAGUCUGCAAAUCCGGAAGUAAAAGUGAAAGGCACAGAUCCUGUAAUAAGUCAAAUUAUUGAUAAACUGAAACACAUUAUCCAGCCAAGAUGCAGCAGGUCAUGAUUCUUUGCAAUGGAGCCAGUAAGUACAACCUGAUGAAAUUUCUCUAUUAUUGGUUUUCUAGAAAUUAGGAGCACUAGUUAUGGGCCAAGAUCCCAUUGUAGCAUACAUAUAGAACAAAAGUCAGUCAAUUUCCAGACAUUUGAUCUUCUCUCACUGUUUGUUUACAGAGCAUCUGAUGUCUCUUCAUAUAGAUCCACAUAGACUUCUUAACUUUCUUUUUGAUAAACUGAAUAGAUUAUAAGACUGGUUUCCCAGACCUCUAAUAAUUUGUGUAGAUCAUUUCUGAAUUCUUUAUAUUUUUAACAUCUUUUUUAACACAUGGAUACAGUAAAUUGGAUACAGCAUCAAGUGCCACUUCCCACAACUCCCAUUGCCUAGAAACAGUGAACUGUGACCCCUAGGACCUGCAAGGAUCCACGAUUGUGGGUGAUCAGUGUAAACAAAAUGUCUCAUGUCCACUCCAAUUGGACGCUGAAUCUCAUUUAAGGCCAGCAGAACCGAUUCUGCCAGGACAUUAGGUUAGGAGUUGCCUUGUAUGGGUGCUGCCUGAGGCUAUCUGAGGCCUGUGCUUAAAGGGACCCCUCCCCCCGCCCCAGGACAGCCAGUUCACAGGUUUCCCUCCUUGCUUGCCUACCUCAAUGAGGGAAAGCAAAGCAUUUUUUCUCUGCGUGCUCUGGUUGCCCUCAUUCAGGACACCACAACACUCUGCAGUAUAGAGCUGGAGCCAUCCCUGGUCACUAUGGUGCUUCUCCUGGACAUGUUGCUGUGAGCCUGGAAGCAUGUUCUGCAGGCAGUAACAGUCUGCCUGGUGUGCCCCACUGGGAGCGUGUGUCUCAUUCCUUCCUCACACCCGUCCUUAACCCCCCGUUUCUGCUGUACAAUAAAAGACACGUGUUCAUUACA